AUGACGCUGAAAAGGAAGAAACAGAACAGCCCAGCAGUGACUUUGGUGCUGUUGGAUGACAAAGGUGGCGAGUUCAUGUCUAUUGAUCUUGUUCCUGCUUUGGAAAUCUUACAGCCCUGGCCCAAAUCAUGUGAGCUAGAGCAGAACGUUAAAAAAUGGCUGGGAAAGAAAGCCAAGCAGUUCACUAGGUCAUUUUAUCUUGUUGCCAAGCAGCCAUCUGGGCAAGAUGACAAAGAGGUCUGGAGAAUUUCUCUCUCUCGUGUUGAAAAGGAGAUUAUGAAUGACCAUGGCAACACUAAAUCCUGUUGUGAAUCUUAUGAUACCAAGUGCUGCAGGAAAACCUGUCUUCGGUUGCUGAAGAGCCUUUUUGAGGCCUUGAAGAAAGACUAUCCUAGGCAACUAAGUCACCUGUGCUCCUACCAUGCCAAGACAUCCUUCUUCCAUACUCUGACACAGUGGAUAGCGGACUUCAACUGGAAACCUUCUGACAUUGUCUGCUGUUUUCUCAGAGUGCUAGAUGACUUCAUUCAGCAUGUGGAAAAUUACAACCUGAUCCAUUUUUUCAUUCCAAAGUGCAACCUUUUCUCUAGCUUCCCUCACAACGGUUUGAAAUUCCUGCUAGCGCGCUUACAAGAGCAGAAAGAAAAUGGAUUGCAAGCCUUUGCCGAUCAUGAGGAAUACGUUUCUUCCCACCCAUGAUUCUGUUCCUAUGAU